AUGGUGAUGUUGCCACCGGUGCCCGCUGACCGGUAGGCCCAAAACGACGCUGCAAGGACAUAUUGAAGUAUUCUCCUAAGCGAUUGCAUAUCAGUCCAGAGACCUGGGAGGACAUCGUCCCGAACAGACCGGCCUGGGGAAGACUGGCGCCGCCAUCUACGAAGCAAAACGGAUCGCCGCCGCAAGAGCCAAACGGAAGGCCCUCAAAUCACAAGUGCCUCACCUCCUACAUGCCCACGCUGCCAACACGCAAAAGAAUCGGUCCCGUUGGACACCUUCGGACUCAAUGCGCAAUCAACCCGCCAACGCAUACCUCUUCUCCCACUCUCGCCCCUGUCGAAAAUCCCGCGCCGACUGCCGUCCCCGUCACCGACGACCACACUGUCGUUGCCCCACCGCCCGCCCUGCAUCGACCGCAGAUUCCAGCAUCAAAACCACCUAUGAGACUUCCCGCACCCCUCUCACCGAUGGGCCGACGUCUGAUGUCCUAUCGCCUUCUACCAUCACCGCCAACACUCCCACCGCCAGCAAUGUGGAUUCGGUUCAUACCUGUCCCAAUUGCGAUCGCACAUCCAGCUCAUGCAUUGGCCUGGUCGGCUACUUGUUGAUCCAUUGCACGAAAGGUGGCGAACCAGUUACUGGGGCGCCCAAAUGUACUCGCCGCAGCCGCCUUAGCUGUCCUCGUACACUCACUCAACGCAUUGGCUUGGUAGGUCGCAUGCGCAUUCACGAGAACCUACGGCAGACAACCGCCGGCUAA